AUGCUGGGAAUAGGCAUAUGGGCGGAAGCUCUAGCAGCUGUUCAACUUGAGAACGGAGACGCCCCAGAUCCAGAUGCAGAGGCUCCAGGAGAAGAGUUUGUAGGGAAGGAAGAGGAGGAUGUGUUUGAAAGUGACUUUGAAAGUACCGAUGAAGAAGAGUAUGCAAAACAAGGUGUUGACGAUGGGGAGAAACAAGUGCAGAUGGAGGAGAAGGCUGAACGCCGUGCAGCUCGCGCAAAAGCGUCCAAAAUCGGAGCUGCACCUACGCAGAAGAUUUUGGAAAGAGCCAUGAGGGGAGAGCCUGCGCCCAAGAAGAGACGCAUUUCAACCAAGAAUAACGUAGAAAAAAGGGCUAGUAUAUAUUGGGAUGCGACAAGACAGAGCGAGAGAUCAUCCACUGUCAAGCACAAGUUUCUUGUACAGGAGAGACUAAAGGAUGCUGAGAACCGAAAAGCUCAUGCACCCAGACGUCCACGUCCCAUUGCAGCUCCGAAAACGCAAGAUGAACUGAUUGCUGCGGCACUUGAACUAGAAGAAAAGAAUACCAAAGCAUUGAACGAGUUUUUGCAAAAGGAAGAAGAGAAGCGGGCCGCUGCACGCAAAGUUGUGCGGCUGAAGAUCGAGGGACCGGUGAUUAGGUGGAUCAGUCGAGGGGAGGUCCCCAGGAUUGAAGAGGUCAAGGUAGAACAAGGGACGAACGAAACAUCAAUUGUGUCAUCGCAGGCUCCGGUUCAACCCCCCAUCAUUCAAGCCCCUUCCACUCAGGACCCCGUUACUCAUGCAGUUUCUGUCCCAGUGGAAAAAAAUUCAACGCCGGUAUUACUCGAGGACUCCACCCCUCUUGUUUCUACCUCUACCUCUGCCCCUGUCUUUACCCCUGUCUCUACCCCCGCCCCCGUUUCUACUACGAGUCACGCUUCAAGCCGAGCGAGCACCCCAUUGAGGACUCAGCGCAUGCAAGUAUAUGUCGAGAUACCCACACCAUCCAAGUCUAUGCGGCGUUCUCUAUCUUCUUCAUCAGUACAGGGGUCGUCCUUGGCUCUGCGUGGUCGAGAAGCUUCGCCUUCGCCUGUAAUUUCACGAGGACUCAGUGCUCCCUUGUCUCAGCCACCGGUCAGGUCACCUCUAUCUUCGACAGCAUCCUUACCUAGGAGUCCAUUGAGUACUUGCGAGCCUCUAGUACCUGAGAUUGGUUCUUCCAAGCCACCUGGGUCUGUGCUUUCUCAACCUUCAAGAAUUACUUCGACCCAGUCUUCUGAGACCGCAUCUUCGCAACUUCCGGAAUCCAUUCUUCCCCAGGCUGACCCCCUUCACAAUUUACAUCGCCCAACAGUCGUACGCCAGUCGAGUGUGGGCUCCUCAAGUUCGAGCAAAAGUAAAGGAAAGAUGAUCAUGUUUGUGGAGAUACCAGUACGGAAGAAGGAAAGGAGCGGGACGCCGGUACCUGAUUCGACUGCGAGGACCGAGCAGAGUUCUGGCGGGAUGGUGCAACAACGUUCCUCUCUGUCCGAUCCUCCAUCUUCCACCCCUAUUCCUCCUCCAUAUCUUGGACCCGGUCCUUCCGGUUCCUCCACAGCUGCUCUCACUUUACCUGCACGCACUAUCCCUUCCGCGCCUAUUACGCACUCUGGACCUACUGCUUGCCCCGUUCAGAAGCAAAUGCGCAACUAUGUGGUUGUAGAGUACGGUGGAGGAGCUCGUGCGUCGUUUGGCUGGAACAUGCAGGCCAUGUUCGGGAAUCAUGCGGAUUGGGAAGACGUGCUGCUUCACGGAGUCAAACCGCUUCAUCCAGUCAAGCCGACUUGUGCCAUAACAGGUCUUCCUGCACCUUACCGAGAUUCAAGGACGGGCAUACCAUACGCGAAUGCAUAUGCAUACAAGACGCUCACACGAUUACUGGCGCAUGAGUUUAUUUGGUCCAAGGAGAGGGGGUGUUAUGUAGGUGAUGAAGGGAAAGAUCCGGCGAAGGGUGUGCCAGCAAACUGGAGGAGCGCUGCAUCUGGCCGGUUGUAA